GCCGAUCUUCGAGGAUCCGGGGCACUACCACGGCUUCCUGCAUCGCCUCGAUGUACCCAGCUCCGGCCUCAUCCUGGUGGCGACGAGCUACGAAGCCUACUACGAUCUGCAGGUCCAGCUACACUCUGGCCAAGUACAGCGUGACUACACCGUCCUUCACCAUGGCCGUUUACCUGUUUCUGUGAAUCAG